AUGAUGGUAGCUUCUCUGCUCCUUUCCUGCAUCUGGGCCUUUACAUCAGGCUCUGUGCAGGUGAUGCACAGAAAGGUCCAGUCAGUUCGGGCAGGAGGAAACGUUACAUUUUCGUGCCAGUCAGUCACAAAAGAAGAUGUACUACAGGUGACCUGGCAGAAGGAGACAGAUGGGGUUGAAGACAACAUAGCAACUUACAGUGUGAUGAACGGCCAAAAGAUAGCAAAGGGCUAUGUCGGCCACGUGAGCUUUGCCCACAGAGAGUUACAAGCCUCGGCCAUCUCACUUCAUGGAGUUACCCUCCAAGAUGAAGGAUGCUACAAGUGCAUCUUCAACACAUUCCCCCUGGGGGCUCUCACCGGCAGGAUGUGUCUCAAGGUUUACGCCAUCUCGGACCCCAGAGUGGAGGCUAAGCUUAUACCCAGAUCAGACAAAGCUGAGGACUCUGAGAAAGUGGUGGGGAUGAGCUGCUCAGCAACAGGGAAACCAGCUCCAAAAAUCACCUGGCACCUUCCCAGUGUCCUGCAGCAGAAACCAAGGGAGUACCACAUCCAGCUUGGCAACCAGACAGUGACUGUCAUCAGCAAUUUCACCCACACCUACUCCAGAAUCCUCCAGGAGUACCCCAUCGCCUGCGAGAUCCAACACCCCUCUCUAAAUGUGACCCUGGUUCUGCCCACGGACAGCCUGGUGCAGGGUCAGUGUCCGGACAGCCCGGAUAGCAGUGUGGCACCUGCCAUUGUCAUUGCAGUGGGAGUGCUGGUCCCCCUGGCUUCCCUCCUCCUUCUUGUCUGCCUCCUCCACCACUGCCUCAGGCACCUACGUGACCCAGAGGGAAACCCAGCCUGGCCAUGCUGG